AUGAUCAAUCGACGAAAACCGUUCACAAUUGCAGUGACAAGUGCGCUGUUCCUGCUGCUAGCCGGUAACUUUGAGCUCUGUUCCGGACAUGGACGUUUGAUAGAGCCACCAAGCCGUGCGUCUGCCUGGCGUUACGGCUUUUCGACACCUCCAAACUACAACGAUCACGAGCUGUACUGUGGUGGGUUCAACAGGCAGUGGCAAAAGAACGAAGGCAAAUGCGGUGAGUGUGGUGACCCGUUCGAUGUGCCACUGCCGAGACCUCACGAGUUUGGUGGCAAAUGGGGCCAGGGUGUGAUAGUGCGUAGAUACAAACCCGGCUCCACCAUCACAUUGCGAGUCGAGCUGACAGCAAGCCAUAUGGGUUACUUCGAGUUCCGCAUCUGUGACAAUGUGCAAGCGAAGCAAGACUGUCUCGAUAAGCAUCUGAUGAGGAUCAUCAGCGGAACGCCAAGCAUUCCACAUCCAAAUGAUCUGAAGACUAGAUUCUAUCCUCGCAACGGUAGCCGAAUCUACGAUAUGAAGGCAGAACUUCCAACAGAUUUAAACUGCAGCAACUGCGUGGUGCAGUGGAAGUACGUCGCCGGCAAUAACUGGGGCAUCUGUCCGGAUGGUAAUGGUGCGGUUGGUUGUGGUCCGCAGGAAGAGUUCCGUGCCUGUGCGGAUGUCACCGUGAGCGAAAAGGAUGGCCAGGACAACCGUACCCCGCUGCGACCGGGACAGAAACCGACACCGACCCGUACACCCGACUCCAGCACGGAACCGUCCGAGGGCGAGGAACCGAUCGAGGAACCACCGAAGGGUGUCAAGUAUAUGGGCCCGCUGGUGGCGAUUAUGUCGCUUUUUCUGGUCCUAUGUGGAUUUGCUGCACUUUAUAUUUAUCACUAUCAUGGGGGGCGGAUAAAGGCACUGAUGCGCUGGAACCGGGAAAAGACACAGAAGAGUGGCCACGCAACGGAACCGGCCAGCGGGAAUGGUGUCCCGCCAACACACCAUACCGAUGUGGAAGCGAACGCACCGGUACCGCCACCGAGGAUGAAGCGAAUUUCCAGCCAGAUCCGCGACAUCGAUGCCCAAGAGUCGAGCGUACUGUCCGGUAGCACCAAGCGGCAGUCACCACUAGAUAUUAACGUGAGCCGGAAACCGAGCGGGACGGACUGAGCGGGUGGGCCUCGUGCAGCUAGACGUCCUGCAGCUUGUGUGGACGUGCAUGUUAUAAGUUUUUAUUUAUUUGUACCACAAUGCGUACCAUUUUACAACGUCGGACAGCUGGUUGUCACGUUGCAGCGAGAAGCGUCACACAAAGUAGAAUAAUUUGAGUAGUGUUUUUCGUUCCAUGUUCUUCACACACACGAUUUUAUAGUAUGAGUUGGGUAGUAUGAGAAGUAAACCAGCGAAAUGUGUUGUUACAAAUUUACUAUCGCGCCCUGCUCAGUGAUGAUGUUGUAUGGGAAAAUGGCUAACUCGUUGGAGAUAACAGUUUUCAUGUUGUUUCUACACCGAUGUUCAUUACAUGCACAACUCCAAAACAAAAGUAUACAACAAGCAUUAAAACGUAGUAAUGAAAAGACGUAAAUAAAA